CAAAGACAUCUUCUACCAAAAAAAAACGAAUUCGAGAAAUCUCACUGAUUAGAGCAAAGAUGUCGUCGGCUCGUUCUGCGAUCACAAAGCUAAGGCUGGCUCGAUCCUUUGGGGAGACUCAGAUUGGAGCAUCGCGUUCGGUGGAAUCGACUCGAGGAUCGGCGAUUCGGUGUUUCAGCGACGACAAAGGUCGUGUGCUCAGCGAAGAGGAACACGCGAAAGAGAGCAUGUACAUCAAGAAAAUGGAGAGGGAGAUACUGGAGAAGAAGAAGAAACUAGAGAAACAUAAGCCAGAUAAUGAGAAAGGAAGUGCCGACAAGAAGCCUGAUGCAAGCAAGCCAUGAGUUCAUCACUUAACAGUAUACAUAAUCCGGUCAUAAGGCAAGCAGUAGUGAAAAAUAAUAAUGCCUUUUGACCUUUGUCACUCUCUUAAUAUGAGAUUUUGUACUUGUGCAGAGAUUUUGUACCUUCUGAUGUGUGUUUGUGUGUUGUAAGAAAUCAAGUUUAAAAUA